GGUUUCUCAAUCGAGUCUGUGAUUUAUCGCACAAAGAUUCAAAGAUGUUUCGUUUACUUCUGGUGCUUUUAAGUUUAAUUUGCUAUGUUCAAGCUACGGAAGACUGGUCAGGAAAGUGGUUUCCAAAUGCUCCCCAAGAACUCGCGUCGGAGGCAGGUGGUGUAACGAAAGAUAUCAUAAGCAAUGCGAUUACCAAUGAGCCUACCCCGCCAAAGGAAACCGGUCGGGUUGCGAUGGGAAUCGAGAAUCCGGAUUGUGACGAUGCCAAACACGGGUUGGAGAUAGAUUUUGACCCGUACAAUGUUACUCAUUCUGACGUGUUCAUGUGCCUAGAACCCAAAGCGGAAUACAAGGGCGAUUACAAUAUGGAUGCUGUUAUCACAGAAUACAACGUACCCUCUGCUUACGUGGCCAAUCAUAGGUGCAUGAAUAGUAGCAUUGAAUAUGCUGAACGGAUUCCCUCGUAUGGAACACAUCGACCUCUCUGGCCGAGAUAUGGAGAAUAUCACUAUGUUCCUCCACAGCGGUGGCUCCACAACAGUGAACAUGGUGCAGUUAUUGCUCUCUAUCAUCCAUGUGCAAACAAGCAACAAGUUGACCUGCUGAAAAACAUCGUUAAGAAAUGCCUUUACCGGCACGUUAUAACACCAUCGCAGCUGCCGAGUAAAGAUCGUCCGUUUGCGCUCGUCACAUGGCAUGCAAUACUGGAGUUUUCUGUUCUCGAACGGAACAUUGUAGAAUCGUUUAUUAGGAAGUAUGCCCUCAAGGGGCCGGAGCAGACGCACCGCGAUGGACAGUACGACCAUAUGUUGAUUGAGGCAGCUGAAGUGGUUUCAACAAUCGACGAUAGUGUUCUCUGCCCGAAUAAGCAGAGAGAUUAAUUCCAACCAUUCCUCCCUUGCCAUCUUCCUCUGACAGGGACUUUUAUUCAAUGUGCGUCAAUGUGAUAACUUUUACCGUGUAAUGAUGGUGCAAAAUAAACGAUCUGAAGGGCUAA